CUUUCGGCGGGAAGCGCUAAUGGCGGCACCCGGGACGGGGAAGUUGCUUGAAGGAGGGAAAGAAGGCGGGAGCGCUGCUGAUGUCGCCUCUACUUCUACUUCUCCCGCCGGGAGCGGCCAUUAUGAAUUGCCCUGGGUUGAAAAAUACAGGCCAAUGAAGAUGUCGGAAAUUGUUGGCAAUGAAGACACUGUUAGCAGAUUAGAGGUGUUUGCAAGAGAAGGAAAUGUUCCAAAUAUUAUUAUUGCUGGCCCACCAGGAACCGGUAAAACCACCAGCAUCCUUUGUCUGGCUCGUGCACUUCUGGGCUGUGCAUUGAAAGAUGCCGUUUUGGAGCUCAACGCAUCAAAUGACAGGGGCAUUGAUGUCGUCAGGAACAAAAUCAAGAUGUUUGCACAACAAAAAGUGACACUUCCAAAAGGCCGACAUAAAAUAAUUAUCUUGGAUGAAGCAGACAGCAUGACAGAUGGAGCCCAGCAAGCCUUGAGACGCACUAUGGAAAUUUAUUCUAAAACGACUCGUUUUGCUCUGGCUUGCAAUGCUUCUGACAAAAUCAUAGAACCCAUCCAGUCUCGCUGUGCAGUUCUGCGAUACACUAAGCUAACAGAUGCCCAGAUUCUUAUGAGGCUAAUGAAAAUCAUUGCGAAGGAGAAUGUACAAUAUACAGAUGAUGGUCUAGAAGCCAUUAUCUUCACAGCCCAGGGAGACAUGAGGCAGGCACUAAACAACUUGCAAUCUACCCAUUCCGGAUUUGGUUUCAUCAAUAGUGAGAAUGUAUUUAAGGUGUGUGAUGAGCCCCAUCCAUUGUUGGUGAAGGAGAUGAUCGGCCAUUGUGUCAAUGCAAACGUCGAUGAAGCUUACAAGAUUCUUGCUCACUUAUGGAAGCUUGGUUACUCACCUGAAGACAUCAUCAGCAAUAUUUUCCGAGUCUGUAAAACAUUCCAAAUGGCAGAAUAUCUGAAGUUGGAGUUUAUUAAGGAAAUCGGUUAUACGCACAUGAAGAUAGUUGAAGGAGUAAAUUCGCUCCUACAAAUGGCAGGAUUGCUAGCCCGCCUCUGUCAGAAGACUGCUGCUCCUACCACAAGCUGAGAGGAUGGACGGCAAGUUGGCCAAUAAAGAGGAGAUUUUGCAAACUGACUAGCUUCUUUGCGCAACCAAAGUAUGAGUGCACGGCUUAGCAUAUAGUUGGUGGGUGCAAAUGCACUUGUCAAAGCUGUGGUUUCUCUUACGACUUGUGUUUUUUUACAGUUAAAUAAAACUUUAUUAUAAAAACUAUCAGCCAUAAACUUUGCUACACCAAUGGUAUUGCCUAGGAAUGUGAAUACAUUUUUCCCCUCUCAUGCUUUUAAGAAUCCGAAUAGUCUUCCUUUCUUAAAUUAUUCAGCCAAGAUUAUAUAGUAAUGCCUCUUUAAUAGCACUAGAUGGAACUGAAAAUUAAAAUACAUUUGGCACUAAAGUACUUAAGCAUUUCAGAGAUAUUCAGGCAAGAAAUUCAUUUGGUGAAAGCAAGAACAUGGAACCUAGAGCUGGGGAAUUACUGCUAGCAACUACCCUUGCUACUGGCCAGUUGAUUAGAGCUAAUCUUCAGCAAUAUUUGAAAGGUGGCUUGUCCUUCAUCUGAAGAUGUUCGAAUCCAUCAAGUUCCAGCUGACAGAAUGCUGGCGGGAGGAAAGGAUCUUCCAUAUUAGACCAAUAUUGACUUUAAUGCAGCAGACUACUGGAUGCAAGGCCAGCUAGAUUCUUCUGAGAAACCUGUGAGCAUAUUGUGUUGGGUAGUUGCUGUCCCACGAUUAUCACUUUUUCCAGGUAGACACUAUUACACGAUGUAUAGCUAUUUUGGAUAAUAAAUCUUCAGAAACGUGUACUUUGGUCAUCACCAUGGUCUAUUGUGGGGAACACAACAAUUUGAGAACAAUGACCCUUGAUUUUUCUCAAGCCACUACAAGAGAACAGUCUAACUCCUGGAAUGCUUGUUAAAUAAACUGCCCCAUGAUUUAGAAGCAAUCCUGAGUAUGUCCUUUUAUUCAUAAUGGUGACUAGCAAGACUAUGACCAAAAGGGCAUAUUAGGGAUCAUUGAUAAAUAAUGGGAUACUUCUUCAGCCAGCUGCUUUAGACAAAACCCAUUCAGGAUCUAUCUUUUAAGUUAUGCCCAGAUCACAUUUCUCUAAAUUGUUCAAAAUAUAGACAAAAUGCAGAUUAGGAACCAAACAAAGAGAAACUGAUGAUAGGAGAAUUGUGGAUAAUCAGUUGAGUAUGCUAUGUAUUAUACAUCUGCUAUGUUUCAAGGGCUGGAAACCUUUGCAAGAGGCUAGAUGAUUCCAAAAUCCCUUUGAGGUUGGUUUUUUU